UUUCUCCACCUGUCCUCCAAGAUGGGCAGCCGCUCCUUCUCCUGUCUCGGCGACCCGCCGCCGCCGCCGCCGCCGUCGCCAAGGGCCGCCGUCCUGUGUCCGCUGCAAGCGCAAGGCUCGACCAAUCCAUGCCCUCCUCAUCCUCAAGCCCUAGCACCAGCUCUUCAACCACCCGGCCCCACGGCAAGGACCAAAAGCUCGCGGCCUCGCGCAUCCGCCUCAUUCCAGUCCAGGUACGCUUAGGCCUCGCCGAUCCGCCGUGGAGCCGUGCCAGGAAGAGAUGAGCCCCCCGGUGGUGACGUCCGGAGGCGGAGGGACGCGAUGCUUGGGGCUUUCGGUACACUACUACCUGUAGCAGUGACCUAAACAACACUUGAUUCAAUUAUGGACGGAUUGGCUGGCCUCUUGAAAGUGCGGGUGGUUCGUGGGAUCAACCUAGCCUACCGCGAUGCAAGAGGCAGCGAUCCAUAUGUUGUCCUACGACUUGGCAAGAAGAAACUGAAGACAAGUGUGAAGAAGAGAUCUGUCAAUCCCAUCUGGCAUGAAGAGCUAACUUUGACGGUCACAAAUUCCAGUGAACCACUUAAGCUCGAGGUGUUUGACAAGGACACUUUCAGCAGAGAUGACCCUAUGGGAGACGCAGAGAUCGAUGUAGCACCCUUGAUGGAAGUUGUAAAUAUGAACCCGGAGGACAUUAGGAACGGCGCCAUCAUAAAGUCUGUCCGACCAAGCACCCGGAAUUGCCUUGCAGAUGAGAGCCAUGUUUGCUGGAGGAACGGUAGGUUUGUCCAAGACAUGAUUCUCCGGCUGAAGAACGUUGAGAGUGGAGAGAUACAGCUCCAGCUGCAAUGGGUAAACAUUUCUGGUGCCAAUUAAUCCGCUAUUUCCAAAGGAAAUCAUAGCUCUUCCUCCCAUUGCCAUGGGAAUCUUCUGAUCGAUGAGCACUAAAGGCUUGAUUUUGAUGACAUGUUGGGAUGCCUUCCUGUGUUUAUGUGGGAAAUGAAGCAUUCCAUUUCAAUCGCAUUUUCACCUGUUGUGAAUGUCGGAUUGUAACUUAACAAGCAAUGGGAUCAGGGUAGUCAAUGUUGGUAGGGGGAAAAGGGGAGAAAAUAAAGCGCUGCCGAAAUGUAUCCGGGUUACAAUUUGUAAAGUUUGGACAAAUAAUUGAACUCAAGUGGUAGGAUCCUGUUUUGGCAAAACCAUA